UACUCCUCAUCUCUACUUAUAGAUAAUCUCCUUGAGCUUUACUAGAGAAAUUAUAUUCCUAGCCAACUUUCUUCAUAUAGCUGCUACAUGCUCUUGCAAAACCUACAGAAAUCUCGAUGGCUAUAGUUUCUGCACAUACCUUGUCAUUUGAGAGUAUCAACAAUCAUCGUGAUGCCUCCUUCUCCUCUUACUUGCAUGAUGAUGAGGGAAUUUUAGCGCUUAGUCAUUCAGAGUCCAAUCAAAACAUCACUUCUAUAAUCUCGAACUCACAUGAGCUAAUGUUUGCUGCCACAAAAGUUAUUGAAGAUAAAGAAAUCGGAGUCUUCUCUGCAGAGAAAUACUUCAAAGGGGACAUGGACGAUGAUGGAGAUCCAAAGACUACAGAUUCGAGCUCUAAAAUUUGCCAGCGUGAGAAAGAGAUGUCGGUGAACAUAGACCCUGUGAAACCAAAGGUCCAGCCUAGAACUCCAAGUGUUCGCUCUUCAUCAAGCUACAAUAGCCAAACUGUGCUCCUGCCAACAAAUCAUCAGAGCAAAAACAUGACAAAAGCCUUUUGCAAAAGUUUCUUAUCUAGCCUUAGUUGCAAGUGCUCGUGCAGUGAAAAGAAUUCGGUUGUGAUUGAUGACCGGGUUGUAGAAAGCAAGAAUCAAAGCAAAACACUUGUUGAACAGACUAUCAGAGCUGGCGAAUCAGAUCAAAAGAACAAGGCCCCAACCAGAAAAUGGUCUGAUCAAGAAAAGAUGCCCAACAAGAAGUUUGAUAAGAUGGAAUUUCAGACUAGCAGAGAAGAGUGUUUUAUCUUCCCAGGCUUGAACCCCAAGAAAGGAAGCUCGGCAGCCACAGUGGAGUCACCAGGAGAAGAUAACGCAAAAAGAAAAUCACUUGAGGUAUUUGGUUCUCCAAGAACACCAAUCACCAAUCAAGUGAAUAAAUCUUUAAGUUUUGGAAGAAAAGCAACCAUGUUUAGUUGGGAUCUGGUCAGUCCACAAUUAGACAAAACAGGAAUUCUCAAAAAUCAAGAUGUACUAAGCGAUGACUAUGAAAGUGAUGCGAGUUCUGAGUUGUUUGAAAUAGAAAGCUUCUCAACAAAAAGCAACUCUCUUUUAGGAAUACAAACAUCAGAUGAGGCUUCCACCUGUCUUACUCCCACCAAUUGCUAUGCGCCAAGCGAAGCAAGCAUAGAAUGGAGCGUUGUCACGGCCAGUGCAGCUGAAUUUUCCAUCAUGUCUGACUCAGAAGAUCUCAGAACAGCCAACACAAAAAACCAAAACAGAAUGACUAGGUUUGCUAAAAAUGCCCCAGAGAAAGAACUGCACAAGCGGCUUCCUAACAUUCUUUCAGGUUGCAAGAGUCAGAAAGCUGUCAGAGUUGUAGGAGACGCAUACAAAACAAGUAACAAGGCCAUCCCCAUAUCUCAGGGGCGUCACAGAUUGGACCCUUCCAAACCCGUAGCAGAAUUUCAGGCAGAGACUAAGCUAACUGGAUUUAAUUCGAGGCUCGGGAACAAUGCCUUCAACACACGCGUGGUAUCUCCAGCGGACAAAUCACAUCUCUUGUAUAUCAAGUAAUAAUCAGGAAUCACUUUGCUGUUGCAUGUAAUGUUAUAACUAUUGCACA